GGCAAACUGGCCCAUUGCAGGAAGCAGGUCAGUUUCUCUUCUCCACGCACCUACUGCAUACAGGGACCAGUCUACGCUGCUGCAAGUUGCGGGGUGAGAAAUUAGAAAAAAACAUCAGCUGAAAAAAGGAAAAUAUGUCCCUUCAGUCUUCAAUUCUGACCUGCCUUUUCCUGCUAACCUCUGGUUCCUGUGAGUUCUUCAUUGAAAGAAAUUAUUUUAGAAGUUAUCCUUGUGAUGAGAAAAGGCAAAAUGAUUCCAUUAUUGCAGAAUGCAACAACCUUCGACUACAAGAAGUUCCCCAAACAGUGGGCAAAUAUGUGACUGAGCUAGACCUAUCUGAUAAUUUCAUCACACACAUAACGAAUGAAUCAUUUCAAGGUCUGCAAAGUCUUACUAAAAUAAAUCUAAACCACAACUCUGCCAAUCUACGGAACCCAAAUAAAAACGGCAUGAAUAUUACAGAUGGGGCAUUCCUCAACCUAAAAAACUUAAGGGAAUUACUGCUUGAAGAUAACCAGUUAAUCAAGAUACCCACUGGUUUGCCUGAGUCUUUGAGAGAACUUAGCCUAAUUCAAAACAAUAUCGUUUUGGUAACUAAGAAGGACACUUUGGGACUUAAGAAGUUGCAAAGUCUCUAUUUGGGCUGGAACUGCUAUUUUGACUGUAACAAAACAUUUCACAUAGAAGAAGGAACAUUUGAAAAUCUUACAGAUUUGAGAGUGCUCUCACUAUCUUUCAAUCAUCUUUACCAUGUGCCACCCAAACUGCUAAUCUCCCUAAGAAAACUUUUUCUGAGCAAUACCAACAUCAAAAACAUCACUGAGGAAGACUUCAAGGGAUUGAGAAAUUUAAGAUUACUAGAUUUAAGUGGGAACUGUCCAAGGUGUUUCAAUGCACCAUUUCCAUGCAAACCUUGUGAAAAAGAUGCUUCAAUUCAAAUACAACCUCUUGCUUUCCAAAACCUGACCCAACUUCGUUACCUAAACCUCUCUAGCACUUCUCUCCGGACAAUUUGUGCAACUUGGUUUGACAAUAUGCCUCAUCUGAAAGUGCUGCAUCUUGAAUUCAACUAUUUAAUACAAGAAAUAGCCUCUGGAGCAUUUUUAACUAAGCUGGACUACUUAGAAACACUUGACUUAUCUUUUAACUAUGUGAAGACAGAAUAUCCACAAUAUAUUAACAUUUCCAAAAACUUCUCUAAACUCAGGCAUCUCAAAUCAUUGCAUUUAAGAGGUUAUGUGUUCCAAAAACUUAGAAAAGAAGAUUUCCAGCCCCUGAUGAAUCUUUCAAGAUUGAAAACUAUCAACUUGGGCAUUAACUUUAUUAAGCAAAUUGAUUUUACCCUUUUCCAACAAUUCUCCAAUCUGAAAAUUAUUUACUUGUCAGAAAACAGAAUAUCACCCUUAGUAAACGAUAUCAGGCAAAACAAUACAAAUGGUUUGUCUUUCCAAAGUCAUACUCUGAAAACACGCUCAGCAGAUACCAACUUUGACCCACAUUCAAAUUUUUAUCACAGAACCACUCCUUUAAUAAAGCCGCAAUGUACUGCUUACGGCAAAUCCUUAGAUCUAAGCUUGAACAGUAUUUUCUUUAUUGGGGAAAAGCAAUUUGAAGGUUUUACUGACAUUGCCUGCUUGAAUCUGUCUUCAAACGGCAAUGGUCAAGUGUUACACGGAAAUGAAUUCUCAGCCAUGAGAGGUGUCAAAUAUUUGGAUCUGACAAACAAUAGACUGGACUUUGAUGAUGAUAAAACUCUCCAAGAUUUGCCUUACCUGGAAGUUCUAGAUCUCAGCUAUAACGCCCACUAUUUCAGAAUAGCAGGGGUAACACAUCGUCUAGGAUUUAUUCAGAACUUAACACAACUAAAAGUUUUAAACUUGAGCUACAACAGCAUUUAUACUUUAACAGAGUAUGAGCUAAAAAGCCUGUCCCUGGAAGAAUUAGUUUUCAGUGGAAACCGCCUUGACCUUCUGUGGAAUGCUGAAGACGGCAGGUAUAUCACCAUUUUUAAAGGUCUCGUGAAUCUGACACGAUUGGAUAUAUCCUUUAAUAACCUUCAGCGUAUUCCAGAUGAAGCCUUCCUGAACUUGCCCCAGAAUCUCACCAAACUAUAUAUAAAUGAUAACAUGCUAAAUUUCUUUAACUGGACAUUACUCCAGUACUUUCCUCAGCUCCAUUUGCUUGACCUAAGUAGAAACAAGCUCUCCUUGGUAACUCAUAGCCUAUCUACAUUUACAACUUCUCUCCAGAAGCUGCUGUUAAGUCAAAACAGGAUUUCCCACCUGCCCUCUGGUUUCCUUUCUGGAGCCAGCAGUCUGGUGCACCUCGAUUUACGUUCCAACCUGCUAAGGAUGCUAAACAAAUCCACGCUUCAAACUAAGACCACCACCAAUUUAGCUGUUUUGGAACUAGGUAGAAACCCUUUGGACUGUACCUGUGACAUUGGAGAUUUUCAAAGUUGGAUGGAUGAAAAUCCGAACAUUACAAUUCCUAGGUUGAUAGACGUCAUUUGUGACAGUCCUGGGGAUCAAAGAGGGAAAAGCAUUGUGAGUCUGGAGCUAACAACUUGUGUUUCAGAUACCAUCGCAGCAGUAUUGUUUUUCUUCACAUUCUUUAUCACCAUUAUGGUUAUGUUGACUGCCCUGGCUCACCAUUUGUUUUACUGGGAUGUCUGGUUUAUCUAUCAUGUGUGUUUAGCUAAGGUAAAAGGCUAUAGGUCUCUUUCCACAUCCCAAACUUUCUACGAUGCUUACAUUUCAUAUGACACCAAAGAUGCCUCUGUUACUGACUGGGUGAUAAAUGAACUGCGCUACCACCUUGAAGAGAGUGAAGAAAAAAAUGUUCUUCUGUGUUUAGAGGAGAGAGACUGGGAUCCAGGAUUAGCCAUCAUCGACAACGUCAUGCAGAGCAUCAACCAAAGCAAGAAAACAAUAUUUGUUUUAACCAAAAAAUAUGCCAAAAAUUGGAACUUUAAGACAGCUUUCUAUUUAGCCUUGCAGAGGCUCAUGGACGAGAACAUGGAUGUGAUUAUAUUUAUUCUGCUGGAGCCAGUGUUACAACAUUCUCAGUACUUGCGGCUACGGCAGCGGAUCUGUAAGAGCUCCAUCCUCCAGUGGCCUGAAAACCCCAAGGCAGAAGGCUUGUUUUGGCAAAGUCUGAAAAAUGUGGUCUUAACUGAGAAUAAUUCACGGUAUAACAAUUUGUAUGUCGACUCCAUUAAGCAAUACUAACUGAUGUUAAGUCAUGGUUCCACAUCAUAAUAAAAAUGCGA